AGCCGCAGUCUUUUUGUUUUCUAUUUAUAUUUCUUUCAUAUAAUUACUACUGUUAUCUCCACUCAACAACCCAAAAAAAGAAAAAAAAUUACUACUCUUUGUUAUCUGGACAUAUAAGCCACAAGUCUCAUUGGCUUAGUCCAUCCUAACUCAAUAUACAAGCAAAAAAUAUUGGAAAUAUAUAUUAAAAUCUUUAGCUAACUUUUGUAAAUUCAUAUCAAAUCAUGAUUGCUGAUUUAAUUUAAAUGGAUCGUUUAUUACGUUUGGGCGGUGCUAUGCCGCAAGCACCGCAACCAACAGACGCUCCUGUCGUAGACACCGCUGAACAGGUUUAUAUCUCAUCACUGGCUUUAUUAAAAAUGCUUAAACAUGGUCGAGCCGGAGUACCUAUGGAAGUGAUGGGUUUAAUGUUGGGUGAGUUUGUCGAUGAUUAUACCGUGCGAGUUAUAGAUGUAUUCGCUAUGCCUCAGACUGGCACUGGAGUCUCAGUGGAAGCAGUAGAUCCCGUGUUCCAGGCAAAAAUGUUGGAUAUGUUAAGACAAACGGGACGGCCUGAAAUGGUAGUAGGUUGGUAUCAUUCACAUCCCGGCUUCGGUUGUUGGUUGUCCGGAGUAGAUAUUAACACACAACAGUCAUUCGAGGCACUCUCCGAAAGAGCUGUGGCUGUCGUCGUUGAUCCUAUACAGUCCGUUAAGGGUAAAGUGGUUAUUGAUGCAUUUCGUCUAAUCAAUCCCAAUAUGAUGGUAUUGGGUCAAGAACCUCGUCAAACUACUUCUAAUUUGGGACACCUGCAAAAACCUUCCGUACAGGCUUUAAUACACGGCCUGAAUCGCCAUUACUAUUCAAUUAGUAUUAAUUAUCGGAAAAAUAAAUUGGAGCAAAAAAUGUUAUUAAAUUUGCACAAAAAAUCAUGGAAAGACGGUCUUACACUGGCCGAUUAUAAUGAGCAUUGCACCGUCAAUGAGAAUACGGUACAAGAAAUUUUUGAAUUGGCUAAAAAUUAUAAUAAGGCUCUAGAAGAUGAGGAAAAAAUGACUCCUGAACAGUUGGCUAUCAAAAAUGUUGGUAAACAGGAUCCCAAGCGGCAUUUAGAAGAGAAAGUUGAUAAAGUUAUGCAAAAUAACAUUGUUCAAUGUUUAGGUGCUAUGCUGGAUACUAUUGUUUUUAAAUGAGAAAAUUAUAAGAGAGCAACACAGAAAAGCCUUUUUAUUAUUAUUAAAGGCGCUAUAA